AAGUAGUGACCAGUGAAAAGAUGGUGCUUUGAUGGUUGAGACAUUCGUUCCGUGGUCGUUCCUAGCCGACAAACCGUGGUUGCCAGCCAUAUUGUUUUACCGCAGUGUUUGUUUUGGUGCAGCCUAGUCAGAAUACGAAGAAAUCCGAGGAGAUCGACACGAAGGAAGAGAGAAGAACUAGAGUGCAGUUAAAGAAACUACUCAGACAGUGCGCGUAUACGGUGGUUUUGCUGUAUUUUUCGGCAUAAUCAUCGUAGCUCACGGGCUAAGCCCAUAAUCUGAGUGUCAGUUGUGAACGGGACGGUAAAGGAGAGAAAUGGCCUGCGCCACUCUAAAGAGAUCUUUGGAGUUCGACCCGGUGCAUAGUCAUGGUCGUCCUAGUAAACGACGAAGAUGUGUUCCAAUGUGUGUUUCCCCCGGUACAUCGACGCAAGCUAAUUCCAGGCCACAGAAUCCUUCGCCUUUCGGCGAAGUAACCCAUAAACUGACGCCUGAAAAGAUGGCUGCCAAUAUAAGAGAAGAGAUUCGGAGACUGCAUCGACGCAAACAAUUACAUUUUAGUCCUCAAAACAAUGGUGGUGAUUCUUCAGACAUGGAAGGUCCUGCCAGUCCUUCAAGCCCAUCUGUAUGUGUCUCAAAUUCAAGUAGUUAUAGCCCUAGUGCAAAGGAAAAACCUUUAUUUACAUUCAGACAGGUUGGCUUGAUUUGUGAACGAAUGCUUAAAGAGCAAGAAACACAGAUUCGGGAAGAAUAUGAUCAGAUUUUAAAUAUGAAGCUCUCUGAGCAAUAUGAUGCUUUUGUCAAAUUUACCUAUGAUCAGAUACAAAAGAGAUUUGAAUCUGCAGCUGCGCCAAGUUGUAAGUGAUUUAAAUUAAUCUUUCAGUUUGUGGAAGUAUUCUUCUUAUAA